UGCCUACAUGCCUAUAUUGGGAUAAGUGACUACACUUGGCGAGUACGUGGCAUCCACCCAAGCCCCGUAAACGUCGGUGUUUAAAGAAAAUGUCAUGUUGGUUCUUCGACGGUCACCCGGCCACCGAAGCUCGAAGCAGAGGGCGUGGCUCUAGUGGUGACGUUUCGUGUUUAUGUGAAAGCUAGCAGCGGUCGGUCUGUACGGUAACCUGUCAGACCUUCAAACCGUGGACCGAAAACGUGUGCUGUAGCGUCACCCCUGCCUGGGUGCCAUGGUCUUCUGUUACACAUGAGCUCUACUAUGUGGUACAUCAUGCAAAGCAUUCAAAGUAAAUACUCCUUGUCUGAGCGGCUCAUCCGGACAAUCGCAGCCAUCCGCUCAUUCCCACACGACAAUGUGGAGGAUCUUAUUCGUAAGGGUGCUGAUGUGAAUCGGAUGCAUGGCACGCUCAAACCCCUGCACUGUGCCUGUAUGGUCGCUGAUGCUGACUGUGUGGAGCUGCUGUUGGAGAAGGGGGCAGAGGUAAAUGCUUUAGAUGGCUAUAAUCGUACAGCACUGCACUAUGCAGCGGAGAAGGAUGAGAGCUGUGUGGAGCUGCUGUUGGAAUACGGAGCUCAGCCAAACGCCCUGGAUGGCAAUAAGGACACUCCCCUUCACUGGGCCGCCUUCAAAGAUAACCCAGAGUGUGUAAGGGCCCUGCUGGAGAGUGGGGCCUGUCCCAAUGCCCGUGACUACAACAAUGACACACCUCUGAGCUGGGCAGCAAUGAAAGGUAACCUGGAGAGUGUCAAAGUGCUAUUAGACUACGGAGCCCAGGUCCAUGUGACUAACCUGAAGGGCCAGACCCCUAUCUCCCGGCUGGUGGCCCUGUUGGCCCGGGGCCUUGGCACUGAACAAGAGGAAGAGUGCUUGGAGCUGCUGUGUCGAGCAGCAGGGAGGUUUGAGAUUCGACGGGCUGACGGCACCCUGCCCAGGGAGCUGAGCAAAGAUCCCCAGCUGCUGGCGAGGCUGACCAACAUGGUGGCUCAGGCACCCACGCUUCGCUCUCUGGCACGCUGUGCGGUACGGCAAAGUCUUGGAGUGCAAUUCCUCCCUACUGCUGUCAAAGAGCUUCCUUUACCAGAGACUAUUAAAGACUAUCUGCUGUUGAGAGACUGAAAAUGAAACCAUUUUGGUGCCCUUAGACCUCACUGGCUCAUUAUCAAAGAGCUCAUCACACUGCAUUUAUUUGCAAGAAAGUGUCUCCAUAGAAUUAAAGAAUUAUUCAACAUUUUUGCAAUUUAUUACAAUAUAUGUGAUGGGAGGAACUAACAAACUCAAUGUAUUUUUUUUACAAAUAUCUAAAUGAGCAGUGAGUGAAGUGCAGAUUAAUGUUUUAAUGUGUAGAAUCAAGUCGGCACCGGUGCAUUCACACAUUGUUACGUAUCUCGCAGCCAGAUUAAAGGAAAUCUUUCUCACCUUGUUUGCAGAAUGAAAAUAUAACAUCAGGUUUAUUCAGCUCCAUCAUACUAAUGGUGUACAGAAGUGCAUCCAAUCAUCCAGCUGUUUUGGUUCAUGAAUAGUAAGAACUAUUUCAAGUUAUAAUUUUGCCUGCUAAAUUCACAGGGAAUAUGAAUGUUACUUUUUAAAAUGUAAAUAUAAUUUAAAAGACUUCACAGAUAAUGAGGAAACUCAUAAAUACUGAGUUUUGUGGUUGAAUGAGUAUAUGCUUAUUGUACCUUUAGAGUGAAGGAUGCAGUUUAUGAAUGAGGGCUAAUGUUGACUGGUGCAGGCUGUCCAGCAGUUCUCAGUGUGCCAUGAGGAAAGGUGUGUGAAGGGUGUUUGUAUGUUGAAGUUGAAGUGGUCAUCUUUCUCUCAGACACCCGGAAGAGCUCACACAGCAGUAAUUUUUGCGAUACCGAGAGAAGAAAAGAAAGCAGAUUUUUUUUUUUUUUUAUGUCAGUGUGGUGUGAUAGUUAGCACAUUGAGAAGGUUCAGAUCCACUGGACUGCUGGCGUGGAGUUUGCAUGUUCUCCCCAUGCCUGCGUGGGUUUUCUCCAGGUGCACUGGAUUCUUCCGAUGCUCCCAAAACAUACAUGUUAGGUUAAAUUGGAGAUCGUAAAUUGGCCGUUAAUGGUCGUCUCUCUGUGUUAGCCCUGUGACAGACUGGCAGCCCAUUCAUAAUGUACCCCUCAUCUCGUCCUGUGACAGCUGGGAUGGACUUCGCCCCCCCCCCUCAAUUGGUUAAGCAGGAAAAAAAAAUGGAUGGCUGGAUUUAAAAACAACACUUUUGAGCAAAACAGAAGAAGAUUGUGCCAGAUGGCAACAGUUUUAUUUAUGUAGGUGCACCAAAAGUUUGGUAAAUAUUACUGGUUUCACAUAAUGUGCCAGGCACACUAACUUUGCCUCGAUAGUCUUCUGAGAUUAUUCAGCUCUGAUAACAAGUCUGCUAUUUUGUGAUUUAGUAUUUAUUUGGUCUAUAUUUAAAAAUAGGUUGCAGUUCCAGUUGCCAAUGAGGAAUAAAGUGUUUUUUUUUUUUUUGUUUGGUUGGUUGGUUUUUUUUGUUUGUUUGUUUUUUAAAUAUCAGUGGAUGUUUCCAGUCUUAACUCGCAAAAGUUUGUUUUCAAGGGUGCUCACUGGUCCAAAAUUUUGCAGGAUAUUUGAAAGUGAUUUUAUUUUAAAUUGUUAAAUGUUAGGACCAUGAUAUGGCAUGAUUACUAAGUUUUGUCUUUGAACGAUUCACUAAGUUGUAAAUUCGUGAAAGCAUUUGUCUACAAUGUGACCAUUUAUGUGCUUGGUUAUGUUUGCCUGUUCUACAGAUGUAUAAAAGUUAACCUCUAGAUCAUGUCUUGUGUACACCAGCAAAGGUGCUUUUUUUUCCUUUCUUUGUAAACAUACUGCAAGUAAAUGCCUUUA